AACAAAUAAGUACAACGUUAGCCAGCUGAUCCAAAUGGGAUUUUUUGUAAACGAACGUUGUUGGCUAACUUCUCAGAAAUGACAGCUUUUAAUACUUUUGGACAACAGCAGCGUAAGAUGAUGAAUUCUAAGAAAAGUCUUUGUUCGUGUUCAGUGAAGUCUUAGAAAGCAUGUUUUAGUGAGCAGGCUAACUUAUCUGGUUUUAUCCUAGCCAAGAAGAUCUAACGUUAAACACUAUUAGCUAACAGUUAUUUUGGCAAACGUUCCCUGUCGUUAUUUGUCGAAAUCGGAAACAAUUACCGAUUCUUCAUUAUUAUUGAAGCCGGUGGGUUUGUUAGGCUGGCUCAGUUAAUAGUUGUAGCCGAGCAAACGUUAUUCGUGGAUGAACUGGUACGUUACCGUUACCUUCGGCUAGCUAUGCGAUGCAAAUUAGCUAACGGUAGCUCAGUGUGUUAGCUACGUGAAUGUUAACGCUACAGUUGGUUUUGACAACUCCGUUGAAACGGGGAUGGUGUGGAAAGGCAAGGUCCGCACUUACCUAGCUAGAAUACUGUAUUAACCAACCAUAAAAUUGUUCAUUUUUUACAUAGCCCGGCCUUUAUUCAAGCCUCCGCUAGAAAGUUACACAUAUUUCACUAGCUUCUAGUCCCCCUCGCUGAGUUUAGGAUGAGGCCGUAAUCAGUGGCUAGGGUCUACUCUAACGAUACCAGCAAGCAGGUCCAAGACUCCACUGAUUGUGCACGGUUGCAAUGGCUUUAUGCAGCUGAAGGGUGAGCUGAACUGUGGUUGGAAAGUGCGGUGGCGAGAGUGCGUCUCACUGUCGCUGCGUGAGAAGGUCCUUGUUCCACAGGUGGAACUGACAUGUUCGCUCUGAUGGCGAACUGCUGCAACUGGUUGAAACGUUGGCGCGAGCCUGCCAGAAAAGUGACAUUGGUGAUGGUUGGACUGGACAACGCUGGGAAAACAGCAACAGUCAGAGGCAUCAAAGGAGAGAGCCCAGAAGACGUGGCCCCGACCGUUGGCUUCUCUAAGGUGGACCUGAAGCAGGGCAAGUUUGAGGUGACCAUCUUUGACCUGGGCGGGGGCAAGCGCAUCCGGGGCAUCUGGAAGAACUACUACUCGGAGUCCUACGGCGUAGUGUUCGUAGUGGACUCCAGCGACACGCAGCGUCUCCAGGAGACCAGAGACACCAUGGAGGAGGUCCUCCGACAUCCACGCAUCGCCGGCAAGCCUGUCCUUGUUUUGGCCAAUAAGCAGGACCGAGACGGUGCGUUGGCUGAAGCCGACAUCAUUGAGGGCCUCUCUCUGGAGAAGCUGGUCAACGAGAACAAGUGCCUGUGCCAGAUAGAGCCGUGCUCUGCUGUGAUUGGCUACGGCAAGAAGGUGGACAAGUCCAUCAAGAACGGUAUGAACUGGUUGCUUAGCAGCAUUGCACGGGACUACGAGGCCAUCACGGAGCGCGUGCAAAGAGACACGGCCGAGCAGAAAGCCCAGGAGGAGCAGGACAAGAAGGACCGAGCCGAGAGAGUCCGCCGCAUACGAGAAGAGAGGGCUCGCGAGGAGCGAGAGGAGGCUGAGCGAGAAGGCCGGCCCCUUGAGGAGGAGGAGCCAGAUGAGGCCAACAUGUCCAGCCCCUUCCAGCCAAUCACAAACGUCGUUACUGAGAAUGAAGAACGCCUGAAGCAGGAGCGGGAGAAGCAGGGGGCCGACCAGAGGCCCCAGGAAGCCAUGCAGGAGGAAGAGGAGGAGGAGGAAGAGGAGGAGAGCGAGAGACACACGCCAGAGAGCACAGGAUCAGGUGUGGCUGAACAAGCCAAGAAGAAGGCCAAGAAGCUCCGACUGAAGCGCAAACACCGCGUGGACCCCCUCCGCACAGACGAAGGCCCCCCUGAGAGUCCCACUCCACCCCCUCCACCAGUCGGCUGGGCCACUCCUAAAGCCUCCAGGUUACCCAAACUGGAGCCGUUGGGGGACACGAGACACGCGGAUUUCUAUGGGAAGCCCCUCCCUCCAGUAGCCAUCCGACAGAGGCCCAACAGUGACACCCACGAUGUCAUUUCCUAGCCUUGUGCUUUCAGCCAAUCAGUAGCGGAUAGACUCCUUCUCCCUCCAAUCACGGCUCUCCUGUGUUUUUGUUCUCUUCUGCCUCCAAGCACGAGGUGUGUAGACGGACACACACUCCUCUCAUGGAACGGUGGAAUGGAGCCCACACCAGCGUAACAGAGAGACUCGACACACACACACACACACACACACACCAGCAAAGAAGAGACUGAAUACACAGGCAGCAGCCGACCACACUGGACACCCCCCUCCCAUCCCAGCCGAGCCCCAGCUCAGAGAGAAUGACUCCAGAGCUGGACGCACACACUCCCAGCCAAUGGAGCUCAGAAAGAGUGAGACAUAAAGAGUGGAGAGAGAGAAGCUCAAGACUGUGUGUGUGUGUGUGUGUGUGUGAGAGAGAGAGAGAGAGUGUGAGUGUGUGAGUGAGAGAGAGAACAGCGCUGUCUCACAUCAUGUUUUAUUCUGUAUACUGUUUUUCUGCACUGUCUGUGUGUGUGUGCACGUGCAUGUGUAUGUCUUGUCUAUGUUUGUUUAAGUCCAACUGGACUGGACCAAGCUGCUGGUGUUCUGCGGAGUGGAGCUGAGCUGAAUGUCAGUAUUAUUAUCCAUGGGGGGCCUUAGCUGAAGGGGACUUGAGGGCUUUCAGAGUGAACUUCACCCUCUCACAAAAUUUCCCUCUCACUGUCUGUCCUGCUGACAUUCUUUUCUCACUCUCACUCUCACUCUCUCACUCUCUCACUCUCUCACACACUCUUCAUUUCCCAAACUCCACACAUCACCCUAUCUCUGCCCCCCCCCCUUCACCCCCCCCCCUUCACUCUUCUCAUUCUCUCCCGCUUUCCUUCUCACCCUUUCUCUCUCUCUCACGGUGUCUCACACUCCUCAUUUUCCCAAUUUCCACACAUCACCCUUUCUCUGCUGCCUUCUACCUCACUCUUUUCACUCUCACUCUUUCUUCACCUUCUCACCCCCUCUCUCUCUCUCUCUCUCCUCACCCUCUUACUCUUCUCACCCUUUCACUCUCUCUACUGCCCGGUAUCCCCACACAGCUCACCCUGCACAGCUCCACAGUUUGGCUGAUGCUUGAAAACUCCACUCACCUUGGAACACAUGCCGUCCAGAAAGCAUUCAACACUACGUCUGAUUUAACUCUCUCACUCUGCACCAUGGAACAAAUGCUGUCCAGGCUGCAUUCACCAAAUGCUCUCCAGGCUGCAUCAACAUCAUACAUCUGGUUUAACUCUCUCCACAUCAUGGAACACUUGCUGUCCAGAGUGCAUUCAACACCACGCCUGAUUUAACUCCCACUUUGCACCAUGGAACAAAUGCUGUCCAGGCUGCAUUCAACACUACAUCUGGUUUAACUCUCCCGCUCCUCAUCAUAGAAUGCAUGCCGUCCAGACUGCAUUCAACGCUACAUCCGAUUUAACUCUCACUCCGCAUCAUAGAACACUUGCGGUCCAGAGUGCAUUCAACACUACGCCUGAUUUAACUCCCACUUUGCACCAUGGAACAAAUGCUGUCCAGGCUGCAUUCAACACUACAACUCUUCGGCUCUGCUUCAUGGAAACCAUGCCGUCCACACCCCAUUCAACACUACAUCUGAUUGGACUUUAUCACUCCUCGCUGGACCGACCUGAACACUGAUUACUUCACUACUUUAUUUCCCUGAGAAUAAGUAAGAACAAAGCACGUGGGUGCAAAUCAUUCUCCCUCAGUGCAAAUGUGCAGAACAAUGAAAUGAUGACCUGGAAACAGGACGCAUCCUGUUACUGAAACACUACCAAACAGAGGCUUGUAUAUUAGUGUACGCUCUAUAACUUAACUGUAGCCACAGGCCAUAAAUGAGCUAUAUUUAUGUAUUAUGAAACUGUACAUAAUUAUUUCGAAGUCUAUUUUUGUCAAUGUCUGUUGCUUUCUGGCUCCCUAAAGGGGCCCAUGUUACACAUAGCCAAGUUAUGGUGGGGCCGCAAAUGUGGGUGCCAUUUAGAUAAUUGCUUGUUUACGUUUAAUUCUGCUUGAACGUGAUAUUUCAACACAAGGCAAAACAUUUUUACAGCUAGAUUUUAUUAUGUUCAUAUUCUACCCAGUGUAUUUUGUAUGAUCAAUAUUAAAUACAGACCCAUUCUUUAAAAA